UUUUACAACAAUGCCAAUCUUUUGUAUCGUAUUUUCAUGCAUCUCAUCGAUCUGGAGCAAUUUUGCGUAAUGAAAUAACUCGUUUUAUGAUUAACAAAAGUGGAUUAAAAAGCUCUGUUUGUUCACGCUGGUCAUCUGCAUAUGAUUGUGUACAAUCAGUUCUUAAUGUAGAAAUUUGUAUUAAACAG